AUCAGCUGGAGCGUGUGUUCUUGCGUCUUGGCCAUGCAGAAACAGACGAGCAGUUACAGAACAUUAUUUCCAAAUUCCUACCCCCUGUUCUCCUCAAGCUGUCCAGCACACAGGAAGGAGUUCGUAAAAAGGUCAUGGAGCUGCUGGUGCAUCUGAAUAAGCGCAUCAAAAGUCGUCCAAAAAUUCAGCUUCCAGUGGAGACGUUGCUAGUUCAGUAUCAAGAUCCUUCAGCAGUGUCUUUUGUCACUAACUUUACCAUAAUUUAUGUGAAGAUGGGAUAUCCCCGUCUGCCUGUGGAAAAACAAUGUGAAUUGGCUCCAACUCUUCUCACUGCAAUGGAAGGGAAACCUCAACCACAGCAAGACAGCCUAAUGCAUCUUCUAAUACCAACCCUUUUUCACAUGAAAAAACACUGAAAGCAGCAGCUUCUCCAUUUAAUCUUGCUGAAAAACCAAAGACUGUUCAGCUGCUUUUGGACUUUAUGUUGGAUGUUCUUCUUAUGCCUUAUGGGUUUGUACUGAAUGAAUCUCAGAGUCGCCAAAACAUGCCUGCAGCCCAGGGCUCUUCAUCAAGUAGCGUGGGAGGUCCUGGAAUUCCUCAGCCGCCUCCAGGGAUGAGCUUUUAUGCAGCCAAAAGGGUUAUUGGAGAUAGCCCAUGGACACCAG